AAAUCGAGGCGGAAGUGUUUUUCUUGUUGACUUGACUGUGGUUCUCCGGAGCAGCAGCGUGGGCUAAUUGGAUAAGAGAAUGCAGUGGGAGAGAGGAGUUAGUGAACAGCUGGAUGUUGGAAUUCAACACAGACACCUGAUCCGUUUCACACCGGUUUGCACUCAGUGCUGCACAAUCUACAGUCCGGCCUGCCGUUGUUUGAUGCUCCACCUGAUCUUCCGCUGCUCGUCGCAUGAUCCCUGUCUGCUUCCUUCGGUUCUUCUGUUCGGAGGAUGCGACGGGCCCGCGGUGCUGUGCGCACUGUGGAAACACCAUCGGAUGCUGUUUUGCUUUCAGAUACCUAGAGCUUCGUCUUCAACACGGAAACUAAAUCCGAAUAAUUAGGAUCCUGUCAAUAAGAGGGAAUAAGAAGGCGUCUUGCAGUGCAGACAUCGCUGUCGGAGUCUUCUCCAUCCUUCCUCAACGAGGUGGCAACAUAGAUAAGAGGGCUUCAGCUGUUAGCCAAAACCUCACUGCACACCACGCACUGUGGCUUUGGGCAAUCGGCAUUGCCAAUCCGAGUGAAUCCCAGACCCAGUCCUGUCUGUUGGAGUGAUGGCUGUGUUGUCGGUGAUUCUUCUCUCCAUGCUCCUCCUGUCCCUCCACACUCCUGGUCGAGCAUCUCCUUCCUGCCCUGUGAGCUGUCGCUGCUACAGCCUCACUGUAGAGUGUGGCUCCACAGGCCUGAGGGACAUCCCUAAACACAUUCCUCCAUCCACACAGACCAUCUUCCUCCAGGACAAUGUGAUUGGUCAGAUCCAUCGACAGGACCUCACUCUACUGAGGCACCUGCAUUACUUGUACUUGCAGAACAACACCAUCUCAGCAGUGGAGCCUGGCUCUUUCCUGAACCAGGGUCAGUUGUUGGAGCUGGCUCUGAAUGGGAACCGUAUCCACCUGGUGACAGCUGACAUGUUUCAGGGACUCGAACAUCUCCGCAUUCUUUAUCUGGCAGGAAAUGAUAUCACACGCCUGCUGGACUACACCUUCCGUGGCUUACAGCGUCUGCAGGAGCUCCAUUUGCAGCAUAACAGUAUAGAGAUCUUAGCAGACCAGGCUCUAGUUGGUUUGACUUCUCUGGCUCUGCUGGACCUGAGCAGGAAUAAUCUUCACACCAUUGGCCCUGCGUCCCUGCGACCUCUGGUCAGCCUGCAGGUGCUGCGCAUCACAGACAACCCAUGGCGCUGUGACUGUGCUCUCCACUGGCUGAGGAGAUGGAUUGAUGAGGAAGGCCAGCGGCUGCUCAGCUCUGCAGAACGUCGGCUGGUGUGCACCGAGCCACCGCGCCUCUCCCACCUUAGCCUGGUGGAGGUCCCCCUCAAUAGCCUGGUGUGUAUCCCUCCAUUGGUGCAGCUGGAGCCCAGGAGGCUAGCUGUGCGCCUGGGAGAGAGCCUUAGGGUGUCCUGCCAUGCUUCUGGUUACCCUCGGCCACAGGUGACCUGGAGGAAGGCGUCCCAGGGUAAAGUGGUACUUUCUCCCAGAGGUUUGGUUCAGGAGGUGGGUGCUGGAGGAGGUGGAGUGGGCGGAGCAGAGGAGCCCUCAGAGGAAAGCAGAGUCAGUCUGCAGAAGACUGACGGCGAGCGCUUUGACCCCGACACCGGCAGUGGCAUGUUGUUUCUCAGUAAUGUGACUGUGGCUCACGCAGGUUUCUAUGAAUGUGAGGCCUGGAAUGCAGGGGGCGUGGCCAGGGUGACUUUUCAGCUUGCCAUCAACUCAUCCACUUCCUCCUCCUCUUCCUCCUCCAUCUGGGCUUCAUGGUCCCAGGUGUCUUUGCCAUACUCCCCUGCCUGGCCCCGGCUGAGGAGCCACGGUCCUGCUUUGGGCUCAGAUGUGAGCCGGGAGCCCCUCUACGCUCUGGGCAGCAUGGCCUUUAGCACUCUUGGAGCUGCCACUCAGACUGCCAUCGCUGUGGGCAUCUCCCUGCUGGCUCUGACUGCUCUGCUGCUGGUCGCCAUGAUCUACAGCCGACAUCACCAACAAGACAAGGGAGCUGAUGGAGCUGAGAAGGAGGAGAGCAUCCUGUACGUGAAUGACUACUCUGACGGCCCCACCACCUUUGCCCAGCUGGAGGAGUACCGUGACGAGCGUGGCCAUGAGAUGUACGUCCUUAACAGGGCCAAGCCUGUGCUGCCUCCUGCUCCACCCACAGCUGUCUCCACUACGAACCUGGGUUGCCCCGCUCCAUCUGACACCUCCAGCCACACCCUCUCCUCUGGGCCAGGCCAGACCAUGAGUCCCACUCUGGCCCCCAACAAACAGCAGCAGGAGGGAGACAUACGGACCAUGAGGAGAAUGGCGGGGGAGGGAGGGGAGGCCGAGCCUGUGAUCACAUCAGAGGCUGAAGGGAUGUUUCUUAAUCACACAGGCCUAUUCAUGGACUCUCAGAUCGCUUAUGAGAUUCACUGCUGAAGGGGGGAGUGAAUCCAUUCCAGCACAGAGGGUUUCUGUGUGUGAGACAGCGGUUUACAGCAAAGCCUGUCACAUCUUAUCUGAAGUCAGGGUGCCACUGCUGGAAUCUACCAGUAACUGACAGAAAUACUUGUCCCUGUGGAAGGAUUUACUUUCUACAAGACUCAUCCACUCUUACUGGAGAAGGUUUACAAACUGAGAAGAAUCAAACAGAAGAUCCGCACGCUGUAGUAGUAGCUCCUGUCAAUGUUUAUUAAGCAAUGUUUCUAUCUAACAGAGAUCAGGCAUUGUCAAAUCAUUCAGUCAAUUUACUCAAGCUGGACCAAUCAGAACAGAGCUGGGAAACAAUGUCUGAUACUCAUGUAUCAGACAUUGGGGGAUAUGGGGGACACAGCAUGCCUCUAAGAGGGCAAGAACAACUAGAAACAGCAGGAUCAAUAUUAUACAGGCAUAUAUCAAAUACAACACAUCAGACACUUAUCCAAAAACACAUCAUAAAUCACACAAACAAUCCAGGAGAGAACAAUCAUAAAAAUACCAUAUAGGAAAAUACACAGAAGAAAGUGAUAUUGUUCACCCCAAAAAUCAAUAUAAUAUUAUUGCCAAUAUUAUACAGGCACAAAUUGAAUCUAACACAUUAGAGGUUGAGCCAAAUGUAUUUCAUAAACCUCAUGAAUUAAGGAAAAAUACAUAAAGACUACAAUAUAAAGUAAUACAUAGAAAAAAUAGAGUAGAAAUCAGUGAUAAAUUACUCCUCCAAAAAAUUGUUCUUUAGCAAUACAGGCAAAUUCAGCUUUCCAAUCAGCCAGAACCUACAUUGGUAUCUAUACAACAAGAAAAACAACAAAUAAAAUUCUCACAGAUAUAAACAAUUGAUUAAGAUAUCUGUUUAAAUAAAAUAUAGGGUCUGUCAAUCAUCAUACUUAGAUUGAUUCCAACUAUAAUCACUUACAAAAAAGGUUUAAGGUCAAAGUCUAAAUUUAAGCCCUUAGGUUAUAAAGUGUUAAAAGUAAAAAUAUAAAAUGCCUCUCUUUUCAAGAGGAUGGUGUUGAUGUCCCCUCUCCUUCUGGGGGUUUUCACUUGUUCAAUUCCAGUAUAUCUCAAUGUAGAUAAGUUAUGUUUGAAUAAGUUGAAAUGCACAGCCACAGGAUUAUUUUGAUCGUCAGUACGUAUGCUGCUUCUAUGUUCUGAAAUGUUCCUAUAUAUGCCAAGCCACAGUGACAUUUAAUCAUGUAAAUGACAUUUUUUGUAUUACAAGUAAUGAUUCCCUUGAUAUUGAGUUUUUUGCCAGAAUGCGUAAAAGUAAAAGUAAAAUUACAUUGUACACACUGUGCACACUUGUAAUUGCCAUCAUGAAUGGCUAAUAAGAAAUGAGUAGGUUGUUCUGGUGAAAGUAGUACAGUGUGCGGAUCUUCUGUUUGAUUAUUCUCUUACAUACCUGGCAGACCUCACAAUCUGAUCAAUAGCACUGAGACUUUUCAGUGGACAUACUGUGACCUUGCACGCCAAAACAUCAGUGGUCAGUAGGCUGGUGGGUAGAUUGCCAUUGAAAUGCCCUACACUCAAAGACAAUUUUAACUGGACUCAGGUAUAUACUGAGCUGCACACAACUGACCUGUCCUGUACAUGAACAUCUGGGUCAGCAUUUAUCAGAACUACUUUCAUACUAGAAACCUUCCACCGUCAUUGCUGUACAAGAGUUAACGUCUGUCCUCUCAAGAACUCAGACAAAGCUCAUUGGUUAUUUGCAGGGAGAGCAUAAUAAAAGGGGAAAAUCAUGGAAUCUUCCAGUUCAUGAGCAUGUGGGAACCCUAGUGUGUUUUAUAACUGUUGUUAAUGUCUGGACAUGUUUUAAUUUAAUCUCAGACUGGCAGGGUGGCAUCUGAAGGCAGUACAGUGAGGGUGGGACAGCAACAGCUGAAUUUUGUAACUAUUUAUUUAAAAGAAAAGGGAACAUGUUAAUCAUCGCAGAGAAAGGACCUUAAAGGAAAAUUCUGGUUAUUUCCAAUCUGAGUCUUAAUCUCCCAUUAUUUGUCAUGAUUUGUAUUGAUCAGUUCUGAUUAACGUCCUGUCCAGUACCAGAAACUCAGUGAAACUCUGGGGUCUGUAGCGUGAAGCACGCUCAAUUUACUCUGGCUCUCUUUGGGUUCACUGACCCUAACAUUGGUGAUUCUGGAUGACUGUUAUUAUGCAGCUGGUUAUCACAAGGCUCAGUUACCCCUGGGUUUUUCACUCAGAUAUUAGCAAUUUCACAUGAAAGCAGUUGACUUCUUAAUUAGAGGCUCAUCACAUGCAACAUCAACAGAUCAAGAGCAGAGUAUUUAUUAUGAAAUAACAUGAAACUGUUAACAUAGUGGGGAAAUUAGGCUGUUGUUGUAGCAGAAAGUAAUAUUCAGCAAGGUAAACAAUAUAGAAUAUAAUCACACAACUAAAAUAGACGAAGCUAUUGAAAGAAAUAGAAUUGAAAGGUUAAGACUAUGAAUGCCUAAUAAGGUCUAUCUGAUUGAACAAUUGCACUUAUAACUUACUGUGAGUGUGUGGAUGAUUUUUUUCCAAUAAAAACGCUACAGCAGG